AUGGAGACCCAACAGGCCGCAUCCCUUCUGCGGGCGGCUCAUGAGUCCAACUACGUGGAUCUCUCGGCUGACCUUCUCGACUUCCCCCGGCGGCGCUCACAUCUCCGUCGCGAUGAAGCACAGCAGAUCGCCUGCGCCUUGUUUCCCGAGUUUACAGAGGAAAAAGCAAUUAUACGCUAUGAAGAAUGGCUCAAACUUGCAAGGUCUGCAUACAUAUCUCGACAGGCUGCAGAACAGCUACGGAAAGCGAAAGAAAUGGAGAGUAGACGACCGGAUCGGCUCCACGAGCCUUGGGACCCAAUCAAUGAUCCCCUGGAUCUCGGUGGCCCUAAAGCCCUGCCAAUGCCAGUCCGGAUUGGUAAGCAGGAGGAUUUUGAAGACUGUUUCGCGUUCCUGAAAAGCAAUGCGGAUGAUCAGGUUGGAGGCUUAUUUGACAUGCCAGACACUUCGUCUGCACAUCCAGAUCUUGGAUUCAUUCGUGGUGAGGAGCCAGUUUACAAAACUAGGAUGAUCGAAUUCAGAAGGGGUGUGGUGUAUGAAGACGGAAGGCUCGAUCUCUGCAAAAAAGUGGUUGGUCCGGAUCAUAUCGAUGAUCUGAUGGAUUCAUUAGAGAACAACACUCAUAUCAGACACUUUCUCCUGGGCAACAACGUCAUCACCAACCAUGGAGCACGAAGAAUUGCCAAAUUCAUCGAAGACCAUCCUGAUAGAAUGGAGACUUGGUACCUCGCCGGAAAUCACAUCAAACCAGCUGGAUUACAUGCCAUGGCAAAGUCGCUACAGCGCAGCCAAGUGCUCACCAACCUGUGGCUGAAAAGGAAUCCGCUUGGCCCUGGCAGUGUCGAUGAUCUGGUAACGAUAUUCAAGGGCGCAGCAAACUUGAGGGUCUUGGACAUUGAAGCCUGCGAACUCGGCGACGAAGGCAUCAGUGGCUUGUUUGAAAGACUCCAGGACACCCAAAACCGCCUUGAGACUAUAUUCAUGAAUGGAGAUGGUAUUGGUGUCGCAGCUGCCACGCAGAUUGGUCAAUUUCUACGCUCACCUAAUUGUCAUCUAAGAUACCUCAUGAUGUCGGGCAACCCUUUAGGUGACUCGGGUGCUUCGGCCCUUUCAGCCGGUCUCUCCGCGAACACAACCUUGGAAGUGCUCACAGUUGCAUCCUGCGGUCUUUCCAGCCUGGGAAUUUCUCACAUAUGCGAUGCGCUAAUUCAGCAUCCUUCAAUCAGAUCGGUGGAUAUCAGCUCCAGAUUCACCACGGCUGAUCUGGGGCAACGCUUCAAUCACAUUAGCGACGAGGCUGUUGAAGCCAUCAAACAUCUCGUAGCCAACCAAUCUCUGCGAUUCCUCGAACUAGGCUAUGCGGCUCUCUCCCACCAGGGCCUGGAAGAGAUCCGUGAUGAAGUUGCCGCAGGCUCGUCGCUCGUAGGGUUCUCUGCCCAGCGGAUUAUCCCCCCUGAAGAGACAUCAGCUGCAGGUAACACAUGUUCCUUGAGAGUGCGGCAAGCACUAGAGGCAAACUACCUCAAGUUCUAUGGCGGCGUAGGUCAAGUUGCUGGCGGAGUUCCAUAUGACGACUUCAUCGACAAAAAUGGUGGCUCGAGACUGCUGAGAAAUUGCCCGGAUGUCAGGCUUAUUGACUCGGUAUACAGGGUUAGGGACAAAGGUGCCACAUCCAGCGGAAGGGCCAGAAAAUUCUGGGACCUCGAUGUUGACGGCGAGGAUAAAAGAAUCUGGGAAAGACUGGAUGCUAUACAAUGA